GUCUCGUCUGACGAGUUUGUAAAAUAAUUCACGCCGAUGAAAGUCAUUAUAGACAUUUCUACGCACGUUAAAUAAAUUGCGUAUAACCUUAAAACGAUAAUAUGUAUAUACAGGGUGUCAUACAAAUACAAAAAUGUUUUAAACAAAAGUUGUAGGGCUUUAACAAAUACAUAAAAUGGUAAUCACAUUCGAUGAAUUGAAAACUGGAUAUAAAAAUCCAAUCGAUCAGUGUAAUAAUUUAAAUCCGUUAGUUCUGCCGGAGUAUAUAUUGCAUAUUGUAAUCAAUUUUUUCUUUUUAAUCAGUGAACAGUAUUUUUCACUGUUCAUCAAUAUUCCGCUGAUAGCCUAUCAUGUCUGGCGAUACAUAAACAGACCUUUGAUGACAGAGUCUGGCUUGUAUGAUCCUACAAGCAUAAUGAACGCUUAUGAUUUGUCUAUGUACCAAAGAGAAGGAUGGGUUAAGCUAGCAUUUUAUCUUCUUUCAUUUUUCUACUAUUUGUAUGGAAUGAUCAACUCCUUGAUUAAUUAAAACCAGUAAUUGUCAAAGUUGAUAAAAAUUUAAUUUCUCUUAUGCAACAAUGCAUGUAUCGGAGAAGCACAAGAAAUGAGAUGUUAAAUUAAUUUAUUAUAUUGAAAGUUUUGUAUAAAUGACACAAUAUGAGAGAAAAGUUUUUUGUGAUGGAUUA